UUUGCGCUAUCGUCGUACAAGUAAUUGGUUCCUUUGUCAAUAUUAUGUGGAAGUUUGUUUAGUAAUGUUUUGUAGUUUACGGAAACGCGAUCUCUGCUAAGAGGAGCUGAGCCACCGCGUGUGUUGUAGCGGGAGAGCGGUUUUUAUGACACAUGAGAUUUUUUCAUCCGUCUUUGUGUCACGCAAGAAAAACAAUACUACGAACAUACAGAAAAAAAAUCAAAAGACCGAGAUUCGAAACUCGAACGCUGCAUCAUAGUGAAGUGUAAAAUUAUUUGUGUUUUUUAUCGACUCGUCCAUCAUACACGGGUGUAUGCUCGCGCGCGCUCACUCUCUCCCUCUAUCAUCUAGCUCUAUGUAUCUUUCGGUCUCGAACUCGAUUGAUUUUGACUUAUCGACCGAAUGGCUCGCUUAGCAUAUAGUUUUAAUCAGCAGUAGCGCGUUGAUUGUUGAAUGAUGUGGUCGAAAACCGCAAACGUGAACGAGUGAUUUCUAUUCAGUAACAGAAAAAUACAAUUAUUUGCCUAGUACUCGCCACAUUCGCGAGUAGUUUGUAACGGAAUGUCGAACAGAGUGAAACGUUUAGAGUAAUCCAGCGAUCAAUCAGUAGAAUUAUGCGACACUCAUUAUCCCAGUUCAAGUGAGGUGCUAGUAGCAACAAACAACUGUUCCGACGGUGAUAUGAACAUAGUGAUGUAAACAAAAAAAAAAGAAAACAACCACAAAUUGGUGCAAUAAUCUGUCCCGUCAACAAAUCGGAAGUGAGCAAAAUAUUAGAGUAGUGCGUAUAUAAUGACAGAUGCAAUUGCAGAAUAGUUCGAAAGGUCAUAACGGGACUGUGUUGAGCAAUGAUCCAGGUCGAUUCUGUUGGAUAUUCAAGAUUGAAAGAUGAUUCGAGUGCUGAAGAUUUGAAGGAAAAUGGCUACAUUGAUAAGGACAGCAAAAACGAAAACCAGUCGGUAAAAUUACUAUCGAAGAUGUCGGAAGAAUUUGCCGAGGAUUGCAGCAGGCGGGAAAAGUUGAACGAUCACCAUCAUCUUUCAACGCGGCAUCAACAGCACGAUCGUGAUGAGAUUGCGCAUAACGAGGAUAAUUUAAGUGACGAAGAGAAUAAUGACGAGGACACUGGCCGAAGUGAGGAUACAAAUGGCAAUAAGAAGAGCGACUAUGGAUACCAAAAUUAUACGAAUCACGGAAUGAGGGAUGAUCAGUCAGCAGCCAAUAUGGCUGGAUCAACAGCGGCUGCUGUGGCACUUGCUGCAGCUACAGCAGCGGCGGCUGCUGCUGCAUCGAAAAAUCCUAUAGCUGCUACUUCCACAUUGUCAAACGAAUUUAAUCCCGCCGCAUUUUUUCCUCCUCCGGGACAAAUGUCGAUUCAAGCCUUUCAGAAUGCGAUAGCCCAAUUUACCGCUAAUGCGUUGGCUAACAAUAUGGAUAACGAAACGGUGGUGAAAAAUCUCGCCAUACUGCAAUCAGCAUUGUUUACUCUGCAGCAACAGCAGUUUCUGCAGUUUCAACUAAUUCAACACCUACAAUCUCAGCUGGUGAAGAAGCAUAGCGUUAAAGAUGAACCAACGAAUGAAUCUAGUAACAGUUCCAUGUUCGAUCCUAGCAACAAUAAUAAUAACAAUAAUCAUAGUAAGCGAAACGAGCCUCAAGACCUGCGAAAACAGGAACGUCCGGAAGAUGAUGAAGAAAUCGAAGAGGAAGGAAUUGAAGAUGCUUACAGUAAAAGCUAUCAGAUGGCGAACAUCAUGGCGGCGGCAGCUGCCGCUAGCGGUGAAAAUCGGCCAGUGAUUCAUCCUGUUCCUGAAGAAGACCUAAGGAAACCGAAGGCUUCCGAAAUGUAUGUCGAAAAGCCUCCCAGCACGCUCCCAUCGCCAUCUGUGGUGUCUAGUGCAAAUGUCAGCCUUACCACCUCCUCCUCUAUAUCAAACACUGCUCGAAGUAGUUUAUCCGAAAAGGACGAAAUUUUACCAUAUCAGGACUCGUGUUUUUCCUCGUUAGCCGCAAAUAUCAUAACUGAUCAUGCACCGUCGAUUAUGGGUGAACCGAAUUCACUUGCGAUGUUGGAGAAGAAGGCACAGGAAGUGCUAAAUUCUGCCUCGCAGGGUAUUCUGUCGAACAAUCUGCUGGAUGAGCUUGCAUUUGCAAACGAUAAAUCAUCUCCGAACGGACGGAAUGAUGCUGCACUGUUCAAGCAUCGAUGUCGGUACUGUGGUAAAAUUUUUGGAUCCGACUCAUCACUCCAGAUCCAUAUCCGGUCGCACACAGGAGAGCGACCAUAUAAGUGCAAUGUUUGUGGAAGUCGGUUUACCACUAAAGGGAACCUGAAGGUUCACUUUCAGAGGCAUUCGGAUAAGUAUCCACACAUACCAAUGAAUCCGAAUCCAGUCCCGGAACAUUUGGAUAAAUACUUUCCGCCGUUGAUUCCUCAGGAAGCAUUGAAAGAGCAACAACAACAACAGCAACAACAGCAGUCACAAACUCCCUCAACAUCUAUUCCGCCUCCAGGACCACCAACGCAAUUUCCUGGCAUUGAAUCACGAGGGUUCCCUCCCAGAUCAUUUUUCCCCGAUUUUUAUUUACCUCGACCACCACUCGAUAUGUUCAGCAAUGCUCUCAAUGAGCCCCCUCGGAAUCCUGUAGAUCUCUCACAGGUCAAAAAGCCAGAUCCGCCAAGAGAACCUACUCCAGAGAUGAGGAUAUCACCGGAGGUCGUGAUACGCGAAGCUCCACAGAUAAAACAGGAACUCAUGGAAGAGUCUCUAGACCUUUCGGACAAAUCAACAAAGACUGCCCACAAGGAGGAAGAAAAGGAAGAAAUUGAGCAGGAAAAAGAGGAGAGCGCUAAUCUCAAUAACAGCACCAGUGAAAAAGAUUUCCCACUGAAGCUGAAGAAUAACUCUAUUGAGAAUUUGGCGACCGUUCCUUCAGUUUCUCCGCCAUCGAGCUCCUCAUCGGGAUCACUGUAUCAGGAUACGGUGCUGGAUCCAUCAUUUUAUUCAGCGCACCUUCCUCGGCCAGACAGCAAUGACAGUUCUUGGGAAAAUUUUAUCGAAAUCUCCUCAGAAACAUCGAAACUGCAAGAACUGGUCGAUAACAUAGAUAGCAAAACAACUGAACCUAAUCAAUGUUUGGUGUGUAAAAAAGUGCUAUCCUGUCGCAGUGCACUUCAGAUGCAUUACCGCGUUCAUACCGGUGAGCGACCGUUCCGAUGUAAAAUUUGCGGCCGAUCAUUUACCACAAAAGGGAAUCUAAAAACGCACAUGAGUGUCCAUAGGAUAAAGCCACCAAUGCGAACCCUUCACCAGUGUCCGGUAUGCCAUCAAAAGUUCUCCAACAUCUUUGUCCUGCAGCAACACAUUCGGCUACAUACUGGAGAAAUGACUGAUUUGACACCUGAUCAAAUAAAGGCAGCGGAAAUCAAAGAGUUCGAAGGGCCUGACAUGCGAUUAAACCCAUUUGGAGUGCGGCUUAGCGAGUUCACACCAAACAAUCAAAACAAGCGUAGUCUAGAGCAUUCUGAUGAGGAGAAUGAACACGAUGGACAGGAAGAGAAAUCGCACAAGGUGCCAGUGAAUGAAAAGAUCAAAGUCAAAUCCGAACUUACUUCCCCGGCAAUUGAAAAUCAAGUAGAAGAUUUACGUGCAGUGAAUUUGCAACGAUUAUCAGUGCGAUCGCUGCCAAAUGAUGAGUUCACCCGUGACUCGGCAUCUGCCAGCCCAAAUUCGUCCGAAGCGAAGCGUAUGAGAUCAUCUAGUCCGAUGGGUUCGAUAUCAUCGAUAAUGUCCACACGAUCACCUCUAUCAACACCACCAACUUCUGGAGUUGAGCAAAUAGGAACGGGAGCGGCUGGACGAGCUGCAGCUGCAGCGGCAGCGGUAGCAGCUUUUCCGUACGGGCCACCAUUUCUUGGGAUGCCACAGUUUCCUCCGUUCAUCAAUCGGCCGCCUUUUCUUGGAAAUGUUCCCAUUGUGCCACCCGGUGCAAACAUGCCACCUUUCGGAUUGUUCGGCGUACGUGGAAACACAACAACUUGUAAUAUUUGCUUUAAAACUUUCGCCUGUAAUUCCGCGCUCGAAAUUCAUUAUCGAAGCCAUACGAAGGAGCGCCCAUUCAAAUGCACAAUCUGCGAUCGAGGAUUCUCUACCAAGGGAAAUAUGAAGCAACACAUGCUCACACACAAGAUCCGUGAUAUGUUUGGCAGUUCGGGUGGCAAUUCCGGAGACGAAUCGCGCACACAAACCCCACCACAGGAUCCGAACAACUCUGGUAGUAACUCCACUGGUGGUGGAGUCUUAAAUCCUGCGGUUAUGAGUCGAUUCCCGCAGUCCUAUUCUCCAGUUCCAAUGAAGAUACCAGAGGAUUACCCUCCGAGCGGUGGACGGAAACGAGAUCGUUCGCAAUCUAGGGGGUACGACAGUGCUUCGCCAUCGAUGGUCAAGCAGGAAAGAGAAAAUUCGAUUGAUGACAAUGGCUCCAACAGUCUGCAGUCGAAUGUUUCGGAAGCGCCUUCCAACAACAACUACCGAGAAUUCAUCAACAAAGAUGUGGAUAUCAAGAACUGGUGCCAAACACUAAAAGAAAUGCCAGAAAACAUUGCUGCAAGUUGAUAACCUGACAUGAACAAAUCUUUCAUAACCGGUAGGGAAGUCAUGAUGAAUGAUUUUAUACUGAAAUUAUAGUUCAGUACCAUUCACGAUUCGCUUUCGCGUAGAGCUUAAACAUUUACUGGCCAAAUAAAAUCAGUUGUUGUUUCAAAGCUGAGUGUGAAUUAGGCACAGCACCACCAGCAGUACAGGAAAUGGAACUAGUAAUCAAAUGUGCGAUCUCAGAUACAAUCCCUAUCUUCGUUUUAUUGAUGAAGAAAACCGAAUUUGUAUUUUUAACUGGAAAUGUCUAUUUUUGUAAAAAUUGUAACAUAUCAUCACAAAUUUAUAUUAAUUGUUCAUAUGGCAGACGGAGAUUCAGAUGGAUAUUGUGGAACAGUAGAAUAACCACAUAACAUCCACAUGCACAGUGUUAAAAAUAUAAAAAUAAAAAAUGAGGCAAAUAAAAUAGAUCAUAAAAAUGCGAUAUCGUUUCGAAUUUGGUGCGAAGAAAAUUGUGAAUCAGUCUUAAAUAGAAGCGUAUCUGGUAAGCAAAGUGACGCUAAUUACCAAUGAUGUAGCAAGAAAUUCAAUCCCAAACAAAUCCAUACAAGGAGACUGUACAAUCUACGUUAAGUCCUCGUGAUCUUGAAAAUUCGCUUAAAAUGAUGGAGUAAAAAUAUGCAAAAGACCGAUCAGCAAAAAUCAACUUAAAGUUUUUUUUUGUUCGAUGAGAAUACAUACCUAUUGCAAACACCGGAAAGAUAGGAAAAUUGUUUUGUAUAGAGCAUAAUUUAGCUAUUAUAUGAGCUUAGAAGCUCUUUUAAAAGUACUGUAUGUGCGUGUGUCACUGUAUGUAUGUACCUAUAACAUUGAAAUAAUACAUUAUGCUUUAUGAAAGUCUAAAUCAAAUAAUUAUUUAAAUUAAGUUAUACAAACAAUGAAAUAAUAUUUGUAAAUGUAUAGUUAUUGAUGAAGGAGUAACAAAUCGUAGAAAAUAAAAUGUGAGAAAGAGAUGUAAGAACAUUCGGACCGAUUUGAAAUCUUUGUGAAAUUGAGAUAUGAAACAAAAACUACCAAUCAAAACCAGACAUACCAUAUUUUAUUUCUUAAAUCCUAUAGUUUAUACCAUCGAUUAUCGUAUCGUCAGCUUGAUACGGUUGCGAAAAUACUGAAAACGAAUUAUAGAUAGCGUAAUCGUUAAAUCGCAACAGAUUGGUAUCCCUCUUUCACAUUUUGAAUCGAUAAACAGACUUGCAGUUUAGUUUCCUAUUUUUUUCUUCCUUACAUUUACGAAUGUAUACCAGAGAAAUGAAAUCUAAUUAAACAACUUUUUGUGAUAAUUUAUGUUAUUAGGUUUUAUAUUUUAGGUAUUUAUAUUCUAUUUUUAUGACUCUGUUUUUAUUGAGAAUGAUUAUGUACAGCAGCGAAAAACGGAAUGACAAAAUAAUAUACAACCAAAAGAAAU